AUGAAGCGCACACGCAAAACUCAGUACCGCCCAACAACACGCCGUCCGAAGCGAGCGCGCCGCGGCUACGUUGACGUAAAAAGAAACCUCGCUGAUAAAAUCCUUCGAGAGAAGUGGAUUAACAGCAAGUCCCCAGCGGCAAACCUAAAGCGAUUCACAAUUGGCGAAUUUGAGGACCAACUUGCCGAUGAUGCAGAUCUCAUGAUGAAAACGCCAGAAAAAAAGCUGAACGAAAUGGAAACUAAGAUCAUCAGCAAGCUCAUUGAGAAGUACCAAGACGACUAUACGAAGAUGGGCAGAGACUCGCGAGUUAAUGUCUACCAGUGGACGGCGAGGAAGUGCGAAAAAAUAGCGGCCUCAUUCCGCAGGGGUCACUGUUGCACCUCCGCCUUGAGGUGCCUUAGCCAUCUCCUCCCCCAGAAACGCGACUUACAGGAAAGGCGGCAGGUGAAUGCAGCAGCCUCAGAAGCAACGCCUGGGGCCAAAGGAACUGCAACAAAAGGAGGUUCAACCAGCGUAGUAAAAGCAGCCACUGCACCGGCAAAGAGCAGGAAGGGAAAACGGGUGCGAUCUAAAGUCUCUCCUCAGUAA